CAUGUUCUUGCCGAGCGCCUCCGGUACUCUGUUCGUAACUGUAAACCUCGGAAACUCAAGGCUUAAACCCUAGCUGUCUUCUGCGUAAACCCCAAUCUCUUAUCUCUCCGUCGAGUAACUGACCUUUAAACAUUCCAUUAUGGGGAGCAAGAAUCUUAAGAAGAAAGGCGGAAGGAAGGGUAAAAAUUUCUCAUCCAAUCAUGAUCCUUUCUUUGGCGACGAGCCGAGAAAGCGACGGAAAGUUGAUGACCAAGUGGAUGACGGUGAGAUAGAAAGUGACGAAGAGGAAGAUGACUUCUUUGGCGGCGGUGCUGAUGGGGAAGAGGAAGCUCAUGGGGCUGAGAUGGAAGAAGAAACUGAGGCUGAGGCAAGGAAGAGAAUUGCGGUGGAUUAUUUGAAAAUGUAUCGAAAUAUUGCUCGGAAAGAGAAGGAAGAAAGGGAAGAAGAUAGAGAAGAGAGUGAUGAUGAUGAUGAUGAAAAGGAAGGCGAAAAAGACUCCCUCAUAGCCCAGAAGUUGAUACAGGAGCAGCAAGAAGAGAGUGGGCGGGUUCGGAGAGCAUUAGCAUCCAGGGUGAAACAAAAAGGAACGAGUGGAGAAUUUCGCCUGUUAGUGAAGCAUAGACAGUCUGUUACUGCUGUGGCUCUAGCAGAGGAUGACAUGAAAGGCUUUUCAGCUUCAAAGGAUGGGACUAUUAUGCACUGGGAUCUAAAUAGCGGGAAAAGCGAAAAGUAUCAAUGGCCUAGUGAUGAAGUAAUGAGGUCUCAUGGGAUGAAAGAACCACAAGGUCGGGCUCGAAACCACAGUAAACAUGUGUUAGCAUUGGCUGUGAGCUCUGAUAGUCGGUAUUUGGCAACUGGAGGCCUUGACCGCCAUGUUCAUCUAUGGGAUACACGUACAAGGGAGCAUGUUCAGGCUUUUCAAGGUCAUAAGGGCCCAGUUUCGUGUCUAACUUUUAGGCAAGGAACUUCAGAACUUUUUUCUGGUUCAUUUGAUCGAAUGGUUAAGAUUUGGAAUGCUGAAGACAGAACUUAUAUGAAUACUUUAUUUGGCCACCAAAGUGAAGUAUUGAGUAUUGAUUGCUUACGAAAAGAAAGGGUACUAUCAGCUGGACGUGAUCGUAGCAUGCAGUUGUUUAAGGUUCAUGAAGAGUCACGAUUAGUUUUUCGUGCUCCUGCAUCGUCCUUGGAAUCCUGUUGUUUUGUUAAUAAUGAUGAAUUCUUGUCUGGAAUGGAUGAUGGAAGCAUUGAGUUUUGGAGCGUAAUGCGAAAGAAGCCUGUUUACAUUGUGAGAAACGCUCAUGCUGUACUGACAAAGGAGGUGGAAUCUGAACUGAAGGAUAAUGAAAGAAUCCCCAAUGGUAACUUAGAAAACGGGCAAUACAAACCUGAGAAUCAUCAUUGUUCAUCAGCUUCCUCAUGGGUUGGCGCAGUCACUGUUUGCAGGAACAGUGACCUUGCUGCAUCUGGUGCUGGUAAUGGUUCUGUUCGAUUUUGGGCAGUUGAAAGUGAGAGAAAGGAUGUUAUGCCUCUGUAUGAUGUACCAUUGGUCGGAUUUGUGAAUUCCUUGGCUUUUGCAAAAUCAGCAGAGUUCCUGGCUGCUGGAGUUGGACAGGAACCUCGUCUGGGAAAGUGGGGUCGAAUCCCAGAAGCUCGAAAUGGUAUUUUCAUUCAUCCCCUGAAGUUAACAUAAGGCAAUGAGGACUAUGGUCUGUACCCCUCACAAUUUUGACUUCUGAAGAAAUGCUACAUUGAUCUCAAGGAUAUGUCGCUGAUCCUAAUUACGUUAUUUAUCUUACCUAUCUCUAAGCUGUGGUGGAGGGAAAAGCAUCCAAGUUUUUCGAGUAUUCAUAUCUAUUUAUUAUUACUUAAAUUGUAUUUGGCCAAAUGCAUAUAGCUAACAUUUCAAUUCGUGGGAUGAAGGAUCAUAAAAUUGGAGCUUUAAGCACUGUUUAGUUGUUGGAAAGAAAUGAAAUGAAAUGGGUUGAUAGAGAAUAAAA